AUGUCCGAUCCAUGCACAGCUGUGUCUGAAAAUGAAGGUCUUCCUUCAUCAGAUAGAACUAAAGGUGCAGUGUCAUUGCGAAAAUCUCCUGAUAGUAUACGAGAGUUUUUCUAUCGCCUUCGGUCAAGACUUAGGCCUCAGUAUUUUUCAACUGACAGAACCCAUGAAUCGUCUUCGAGAUCGAACGGUUCAACGAGGCCGAUGCCCCAGAAGAGUCCUUCCAAAAAAGCCACCGCGUCACAACAACCAGAUAUAGUGGAUAAGAACUACUCAGAUCCUGACGAUAAACCUCGACAUCCCGGUCAGGAUAGAAAGAGUUCGUUAUCAUAUUCCUUGUCGCAUUUUCCAUCGCCACCUUCUGCCUAUCAUACAGUUACGAGGGCAAACGGGUUGGAUGACACAGAAACUCUACCGGGGGUGAAUAAGAGAACGCAUUCGAUACCCAGGUCCUCCGUUAAAUCGUCCCCCGACGAACGAAGGCUCUAUCGACUUGAGACUAACUACUCACAAACAAAUCUAUCUGACGAAUCACAUCCGACUCCUACCAUCGCCAUUUCUCGUGAUGCCGCUUUGAAGUAUUCCGCGAUAGACGAAGAGCCUGAAGAGACCGACGAACGAGAAAGGACACUACGCAUACUUGAAUCCAAGGACAAAUCAGUAGCACGUCGGUCUUGCUCUCCCGCUACCAUACGACGGCAUAGACGAUCCUACCAGUUAGCUACCGAUCCUCACAUCGAGCCUCAACAAUAUUCGGAUUUCCUAAGAUACCUCGAACAGGAAAUCACGACGGAUAUAACACUUCGUCUACAGAUAUGGAAGAGUUUGACCGGGGACUCAGGAAAUCGAGCUGCGUCGCUAGUCGACCCCGAUCACAUUGUGAAAUUUCCCGUCUCGGAAGAUGCAUAUUAUACUAGCAGAAGCGUUCAAGGACCGGGUCCGAACAGCUACGACAAAACUCAAAAACCCAGUAACCCUAUUCAUAGGCGGCCUAAGAGCUGCACUAGCAUAGACCAUUCUACAGGGUGGCAGGACAAGAGAUCGAAAGGAAGGAGCUGGAAUAGGCAUGACCAACCGGGGAGUCACAAGCCAAAUUCCAUCCCAGGAGACGACAAGGAGAGCUUUCGAGUAAAUGGACAUCCUUCGACUGUAGAGUGCAAUAAAGCGCAAGGGCGGCGCAGGUCCGCCAUCAACUCCGGCCUCGAACACUCGCGAUGCGUCGACCCUGGAGAAAAGGUAGCUCUACAGCGGAGCAACGUGCGGAAGCGACAAACCUGGUCUCAGCAAGGCAUGCCACAAAAGAAAUAUCCUGACAGGAAACGCGAGUCUACCUCCAGCUUUACGCACGUUAUUGCUCAGUAUAUCAAACCAGAGAUGCCCAUGACUAUCUAUAAGCAGACACAGGGCCAACACUACGAGGCACCUACGCCGGGCCACAAAGACAUCUUAACAUAGAAACUCGUCAGAUUUUAUAUAUAUACCCAUGUAUCAUACAUUUUGGUGGUCUAGCGUGAAAAUGGAAUCAUAGGAU